GCCACCUGUCAGUGUCUAUCAGUGCCAGCAGUCAGUGCUCAUCAGUGCCACAUGCCAGUGCCCAUCAGUGCCACAUCAAUGCCACAUAUCAGUGCCCCUCUGAGCUGCCUUUCAAUGUCUUUCAUUCAAUGUCACCCAUCAGUGCCAUUCAAUGCCACCUAUCAAUGCCAAGUCAGUGCCGCCUAUCAGUGCCAGUCAGUGCCACCUAUCAGUGCCAUGCCCAUCAGUGCCACCUCUCAGUGUCCAUCAGUGCAGCCUAUCAGUGCCCAUCACUGCAGCCUCAUUAGCGCACAUCAGUGAAGGAGAAAAAUCACUUGUUUACAAAACUGUAUAA